GCUCGCCCGCCGGCUGUGGGGGCUGGUGACGCGUGCCGGCGCUCACGAGAGGUCCGGGAGGCGGGGCCCUGCCGGCUGCCCCGAGAGCAGCAGAUGCGCGAGCGGGGGCUCUAGGGACGUGAACAGGCCUCUCAUUUGCCCGGUGGCCUUGGUCUGCCCCAGAGCGGCCCGGACGGGGUGCCCAAGAUUCUGGGCAGGGGGCGGUACCGGGGUAUUAAAAGGGCGGUGGGAGUGGAGGUGGUCCGGACGGCGAGUUGCCGUGGCCGGAGAAUCUGGAGCCUAGGGUUCUGGGAUUCAUCCCUUCGCGACCUUGGACAGACAAGUAACUCCGCCUCUCAGGGUCUCAGUUUUCAUACUGUCAAAUGGGAGAGACGUUGGACCCCUCCCUUCUUUGACAGUUCGAGCGCGGGCGAGUCCGAAGGGAGCGAGGGAGUGGGAUCCAAACUGCUGCAGCUGGCCGUGGCCAGGUACCUGCCUGCCUCCCUGGGAGUUGGACAUCUUUCUUUUACCAAGUUGCUGUCCUUCUUAGCGACUUUCUUAGUGGCAGAAUGCUUUGACCUCCAAGCUGUUUUAAAUCUAGUAGAUAAGCCAGAUACUGUGUUGCCAUAAACCCUUGGCCCAAAUUUAAAUGGGAAUGCAGCUGGCUUGGCUAUCGGGAACUUUCUAGGCUCCUGUUACUGAAUCCCUGGUCACUGGUCUUAAGGAGUACUGUGGUGGUUUCAGAGCUGGUCAGCAGUGCAGGAUAGCCACACAGCAAAAAUGUUCGCAAAACUAAAGAAGAAAAUUGCAGAAGAGAGUGCUGUUGCUCAGAGACCAGGAGGUGCUACUAGGAUCCCACGGUCGGUGAGCAAGGAAUCAGUUGCCUCUAUGGGAGCUGACUCAGGAGAUGACUUUGCUUCCGAUGGAAGCAGCUCCAGAGAAGAUCUUUCAUCCCAGCUUUUAAGAAGGAAUGAACAGAUACGGAAGUUAGAGGCCAGACUUUCUGACUAUGCUGAACAGGUCCGAAACUUACAGAAGAUAAAAGAGAAGCUUGAAAUUGCAUUAGAAAAACACCAGGAUUCUUCCAUGCGGAAAUUUCAAGAGCAGAAUGAGACAUUCCAAGCCAGCAGAGCCAAAAUGGCAGAAGGGCUGACUUUGGCAUUAGCCAGAAAGGACCAGGAAUGGUCAGAAAAAGUGGAUCAGCUUGAAAAGGAAAAAAGGUUUCUCACAGCUCAGCUACAGGAAAUGAAGAACCAGAGCUUGAAUCUUUUCCAAAAGAGAGAUGAAAUGGAUGAAUUAGAGGGCUUCCAGCAGCAGGAACUAAGUAAAGUAAAGCACAUGCUUUUAAAAAAAGAAGAAAGUCUAGGGAAAAUGGAGCAAGAGUUGGAGGCCCGAACCAGAGAACUUAGUCACACCCAGGAGGAGUUGAUGAUCUCCAAUCAGAUGUCUUCAGACUUAAGCCAGAAGUUAGAAGAAUUGCAGAGACACUACUCAACGCUGGAAGAACAGAGAGAUCAUGUGACAGCUUCAAAAACAGGUGCAGAAAAUAAGAUCACAGCCCUGGAGCAAAAGGAACAAGAGCUCCAAGCAUUCAUUCGGCAGCUUUCCAUUGACUUGCAAAAGGUCACUGCUGAAGCUCAAGAGAAGGAAAACUUCAUCACCCAUUUGCAGGAGAAGGUCACAUCGUUGGAGAAGAGACUGGAACAGAAUUUAUCAGGGGAAGAGCAUGUGCAAGAACUCCUAAAAGAGAAAAUAGUUGCUGAGCAGAAUUUGGAGGAUACCAGACAGAAGCUGUCGGCCACCAGAAACAUCCAGGCCACCACCAUUGGCAUCCUGGAGACUCGGCUUCUGUUUCCCCUUCAGGUGAAAGAACUAGAGCAGACCCUGCAGGCUUCUGAGGAGAAGUUAAAGCAGAGCAGUGAAAUCGUGGCUUCCCAGGAGGCUCAGAUUCAGGCACUUUCCAGCGCAAACGAGGAAAGCAGAUGUGCACAGCAACAGGCCCUCACCGUGCAGCAGCAGUGCACAGAGCACAUCCACGCGCUGGAGGCCCAGAUUGCUGCCCUGGAGAGAGCGCAGGCGGCCAACAAGACAGCCACAGAGCACGAGAUGAGAGAGCUAGAGCAAGAAAAUGCAGCCCUUAAAGAAAGUAGGAAUGAAUGUGAACGUUCUUUACAACAUCACCAACUUGAACUAAAGACGCUAAAGGAAGAAUGGAGCCAAAGAGAAAUUGUGAGUGUGGCGAUGGCUCAAGCCCUGGAGGAAGUGCGGAAACAAAGGGAAGAGUUCCAGCAACAGGCUGCUAACCUGACAGCAGUAAUAGAUAACAAGGAGCAGAGUCUGCAGGAAAAAACUGAAGUGAUUCUCCAGAAAGAGCAGGAGAUUCUCCAACUGAAGGAAGGUCAUGACUCUGCCCUGCUGCAGAUGCACCAGCUGCAGAGUGAGCUGGAGGCCCUGAGGAGUCUGAGGGCAGAGGAGCCCGGGGCACCUGCUGCACCGGAGGACCUGCAGAGGCUGCCAGGCCGGGAGCAGGGGAUGGUGCUCUCAGUCAGCGAGCCUCACGUGACCCUGAAGGCCAUGAAGGCCCCUGUGUUCCAGCUUUCAGCUGCGGAGGGAACACCAAACGGUGAGGUCGGGACCAUGGAUCUAGGGCAGCUACAGAAGGAAAAACAGGACUUGGAGCAGCAGCUUAUAGAGAAAAACAAGAUCAUAAAGCAGAUGCAGCAGAGGAUGCUGGAACUCAAAAAGACUCUGCAGAAGGAACUGAAAAUCAGACCUGAUAAUGAGCCUUUUGAGGUCCGGGAGAAGCCUGGCCCUGAGAUGCCAAACCUGGCCCCAUCUGUCACCAAUAAUGCUGACCUGACUGAUGCUCGCGAGAUCAACUUUGAGUACCUGAAACACGUUGUUCUAAAAUUCAUGUCCUGUCGAGAAUCCGAGGCUUUUCAUCUCAUAAAAGCUGUGUCAGUGUUGUUAAACUUUUCUCAAGAGGAAGAGAAUAUGCUCAAAGAAACUCUGGAGUAUAAGAUGUCUUGGUUUGGAUCCAAACCAGCUCCCAAGGGCAGCAUCCGGCCAUCUAUCUCAAACCCUCGGAUACCAUGGUCCUAGAAGGAACUACCCAAGGAUGGAGCUCCAUGGGGUGACACUUUUUCUGUGAAAAGAACACUAACACACCAGUCUGGAUGGGUUUUUAAUCACCAUAUCUGCAGUAUUUUGUACAAGCAUCUAAACAUUGUUUACAAAACUUAAGGCCCACUUCCCUGCUGACUGUCAUUCUGGUCACCAAAUAGGAAGGUCCCAGCACUACCCACAUUUCCACAGUGCUGCUAAAAUCUCAGCUCUGGCCAGCACCCGACUGUACCUGAAUCCUCUAACUUUAAAUGUUAGUACUUAAAGCUGAAGCUGUCAGCAUCUGUCAGCGAGGAGGCGACCAAUUCAUCAUGUAGUGAAUGAUGCUGGAGGAAGAGACAGCCCUUUGAAGUGUGUCUGCAGGCCAGUUCCACCUGCUGCUGCUGCUAACAGCCAACUCUGUGGGGGUGCUCCUUAAAAACUCCCCCUCCCUGUUAGCGUUUUUUGGGUUCAGAUGAGAAGAUGCUUCUUAACCCUUCCUCUGAAGACGUUUGACCUUGUUUCUGAAGCCACCUAGAACUUCCGAUGUGUACAUCUUGAAGGUACUCCAGGCCAGUGGAUUAAUGAAUGUGCAGCUUUCGGAUGGUAUCCCGUUUUACCCACAGAAAAUUAACACAUAUAUAAAAAUCAUAAGGAUAGUACCAAAUAUACUCAAUUGCCUUUUUAACAAAUGUACUGUCUUGGAUGGGUUGCUGGUAAACCAUUUUAAACUUUUUUAUAGCUGACGUUCUUCACUAAACAUGUCUUCUGUAUUAUAAAGUCCAUUUAACUGGUUCUUAAAGGAAAGUCAGAGCAUUGAGAGGAAAUUAUUUCUAAAAUUGGGGUUCCUGUCCCUUUGUAAUUUCACUGGCAUUUGGUGGCAUCUGCUUCUCUCUGAAGCCGUGGUGGUGGUUUUAUCUGCUUUGCUCUUAAUUCUGUGUUGUACUAACACUGAGCAAGUGCUAAUCACAUUUUUUCUACUGUUAAGGACAGUGUGGCAUUUUCAAAGGAAGCAGCAGCUGACCCUCCCCCAGCCUUGACCAAAACAUGGGAAGCAGUCUGCCUUGUAUAUAGAACCACCACCUCUCUCCCCACCUCACCCUGCAUUCACACAUGGAGUCCAAAUGGCCCCCAGCUGGCUGCAGUACUUGGCAGCUUUCCGAUGGCUCUGAUAGUGACUGCUAGAAAACUUGUGUUCGCAUUACUACGGGCAAGGGAAUAUGCUUGUCCUGGAUAAGCCACAAUAUCAAAUCUAAAGGCAAACCAUUUAUGGAUUUAUAGUUUGAUGAAAGUUUCACUGUUAAAUAAAAAACUGAAUGACUGAAGCUCCUAAA